GUUCGUCUUGAUCAUGAUGUGAUGGCUUUCACUAGCAACACCGCACCAUAUAUGUGAGUGCUACACUACUCCCGACACUCACUCACCUCAGUGUAUUCUUUGGCCAGUCCAAUCUGACCCAAUGGUUCCGAAUCUCUCAGCAACCCCAACUCCAGCCCUGCUCACAGAUCAAUUUGGUCUUUUGGUACACAACGAAACAAAAUACUUCCGCACUAUCCACACUUCGUUGCACGAUACGCGUGAGUAUGAUAAUCUAAUUGGUGGCGUCACCCUUAUUGUUCUGGCUUCCUUGAUCGUCCUGUUCAAGUUGUACCAUCUCAUUACAUACAACAAACCGCUGUGGAAGAUCCACAUCCUUUGGUGUAAAUACGUGCGCCCCAAGCUCUCACUUCAACAUCUAUCGCUUGGUAUUAACACCGCAAAACUCCGAAAUGGUCUCUUUUCGAUCUUGAAGCGCAACGAUAUCGACGACAACGUGGAGGCCGGACAGUUUGAUUCGCAGGACACGACGCUGCAGGGAAGCUCGAGUGGUGGCUCGGCUACUUCGAUUGAGACGCAGAGUACUCGUUCCAGAGGCAGUAUUGAGGGACAGCUUCACGCUCCUGAGCCAAUACCGGAUUUUGAUGAUGGUGGAGCUCAGCAUGAGGUUGGCCAGGUGUGGAUACCACUGCACCCACCUCAACAUGGCAAGUCGGCAGUCUAAGAUUGUCAGGAAGUGAUGAUCUCACUGUGUGACUUCUUCCUUCACAAUGAGCUUGCAGGCACAUUGCAUGUCCCAUUCCUAUUUGGGGUCCACGACUGACGUUGUUCAAGUCCAUCCAGUCUGAGCUCACCGGCCCAACAAUGUACAUGAAGAAUAGUACCAAACUAUGAUAACCAAGUCAUCUCUUCUACGGUGAUGUGAAGCUGAGGGUAAAAUGACAGGCCAUAGCGUUGCCCAUAUCCAACAGCAAGUAUCUCAAAGCCGAAUGGGGCUAUUUAAAGCACUUUGUCGUUGACCACGAACAGAGAAGCAGAAAUUGACAGGGGGCACUCCAGAUGCUGAUGAAGGUUGGUGACGCUCAAGAGAGCUGUAAUGGCUCUGUUGAUUGUCUGGGCGAUCCGCUGGUGAAGCCAAAUUC